AUUUGAAAGACGGAAGUUGUCGAAAAUGUUCCGGCAUUUUGACGCCAGUCCUCUUCAGGGUUAAUCUGUUCGCAGAGCUAAAGAACAAGCCGGGUGCAAGUGGCGUUUGCCAUUCCUCGUUGCGGAUUGUGGAGGACCGCAUUGAGGGAGCGCGGCGAUUAUUAUUUUUUUUUUUUGAAAGACUGAUAUGAUGACUACAACCCCCUGGGACCUGUGGUACUCCACAAACUGCUGCUUUUGCUGUCAUGUCCGCACCGGAACCAUCGUCUUGGGGAUCUGGUACAUGCUCAUCAACAUUGUGGUGUUGCUCAUCCUGCUCACAGCGCUCGGUGAUCCUCAGCACUACCACCUGACCAGCGCUGAGUUGGCUAACGACUUGGAUGUCAUGGAUGAUGCCAAUAUGUGCAUUGCCUCGGCCAUCUCCCUGCUGAUGAUACUCGUUUGUGGGAUGGCAACAUACGGUGCAUACCAGUUGCAUGCUGCCUGGAUCAUCCCCUUUUUUUGCUACCAGAUCUUUGACUUUGCACUCAACACCCUGGUAGCUGUGAGCAUUGUGGUUUAUCCUAACAUGAUACAGGAUUACCUGCAGCAAUUCCCUGACAAUUUCCCUUACAAAGAGGAUAUUGCCGCCCUGAGUACUGUGUGCUUGAUUCUCAUCGUGCUGAUGUUCAUCAGCUGCAUUCUGGGCUUUAAGGCUUACCUGAUAGCCUGCGUGUGGAACUGCUACAGAUACGUGUGCAGUCGCGGCGGUGCUGAAAUUCUGCUUUAUGUCACAACCAAUGACACAACGGUCCUGCUUUCAACGUAUGACAACUGUGUCAGUAAUCCUACCAAAGCAGGUGCUCCUCUGUCUUCAUCCAGUUUGACAGCAUGAAAACGUUUCCAGCAUCCCUCUGACUGGAGCCUCAUUUGAAGACAAUUCAUAUGUGCGCCACACUGCCUCUCCUGUGUCCCUUAUACUCAACACACAUUUUUAUGGACCAAGUCAUCACAGAUGUAUACUGUAAAAUGCACAUGUACCGUACACACAAUCCCACCAGCAUGACCACUAACCAUAACCACUAAUUUUAUGUAUCUCAUUAGUCUGAUGCAUGCCCUUAAUUCCGUCCGAUGAAUUCCAGAAAUGGUUUAAUGUGUUUCUGUUUGGUGAUAUUACCAUUAAGAAAGCACCAGAAUGUUUACGAGAGAAAUAUGUAUAUACAAAUAUAUACAUAUACACAUACACACACACACACACAUACAUAUAUAUAUAUAUAUAUAUAUAUAUAUAUAUAUAUAUAUAUAUAAUUGAACACCCUGCUAUAUUGCAAGUUCUCCCACUUCGAAAUCAUGGAGGGGUCUGAAAUUUUCAUGGUAGUUGCAUGUCCACUGUGAGAAAAAUAAUCUAAAAAGAAAAAUCCAGAAAUCACAAAGUAUGUUUUUUUUAACAAUUUAUUUGGGUGAUACAGCUGCAAAUAAGUAUUUGAACACCUGUCUAUCAGCUAGAAUUCUGAACCUCAAAGACCUUGUUCGUCCGCCUUUAAAAGUCCACCUCCACUCCAUGUAUUAUCCUGAUGCACCUUUGUGAGAUCUUUAGCUGCAUAAAGACACCUGACCACCCCAUACAAUCAGUAAGACUUAAACUUGUAACAUGACCUCGACCAAAGAGCUGUCCAAAGACACUAAAGCCAAAAUUGUACAACUUCACAUGGCUAGAAAGGGCUCCGGAGAAAUUGCCAAGCAGGUUGGUGAAAAAAAGUCCACUGUUGGAGCAAUUUUUAGAAAACGGAAUACGCUAAACAUGACGGUCAGUCUUAAUCGGAGUGGAGCCCCAUGCAAGAUAUCACCUCGUGGGGUCCUUAGAAAGGUGAGGAAUUAGCCCAGGACUACACGACAGAUCUCGGUCAAUGACCUGAAAAGAGCUGGGACCACCGUUUCCAUGGUGACUGUUGGUAAUACACUAAGAUGUCAUGGUUUGAAAUCAUGCAUGGCACGGAAGGUUCCCCUGCUUAAACCAGCACAUGUCAAGGCCCAUCUUAAGUGUUUCAAUGACCUUUUGGAUGAUACAGAGGAGUCAUGGGAGAAGGUUUUGUGGUCAGAUGAGACACAAAUGGAACUUUUUGGUCAUAAUUCCACUAACCGUGUUUUUAGGAAGACGAAUAAUGAGUUCCAACCCAAGAACACCAUCCCCACUGUGAAGCAUGGGGGUGGUAGCAUCAUGCUUUGGAGGUGUUUUUCUGGACACAGGACAGGACGACUGCACUGUAGAAAGGAGGGGAUGACCAAGGCCAUGUAUUGUGAGAUUUUGGGGAACAACCUCUUUACCUCAGUCAGAGCGUGGAAGAUGGGUCGUGGCUGGGUCUUUCAACAUAACAAUGACCCGAAGCACACAGCCAGGAAAACCAAGCAGAGCCUCUGUAAGAAACAUAUCAGGUUUCUGGUGUGGCCUAGCCAGUCUCCAGACCUAAACCCAAUAGAAAAUCUUUGGAGCGAGCUUCAGUGACAGCCCAGAAACCUGUCUGAUCUCGAGAAGAUCUGUGUGGAGGUGUGGGCCAAAAUCCCUCCUGCAGUGUGUGCAAACCUGGUGAACAACUACAGGAAACGUUUAACCUCUGUAAUUCCAGAAAAACAAGGCUACUGUACCAAAUAUUAACAUUGGUUUUCUCAGGUGUUGAAAUACUUAUUUGCAGCUGUAUCACACAAAUAAAUCGUUUAAAAAAAAUCAUACAUUGUGAUUUCUGGAUUUUUAAUUUUAGAUUAUUUCUCUCACACUGGACAUGAUGAAAAUUUCAGACCCCUCCAUGAUUUCUUAGUGGGAGAACAUGCACUCUGGCAGGGUGUUCAAAUACUUAUUUUCUUCACUGUACAGUGCCUUGUGAAAGUAUUUAGCCUCCUUGAACUUUUCAACCUUUCGCCACAUUUCUGGCUUCAAACAUGAAGAUUUUUUGUCAAGAAUCAACAAGUGGGACACAAUUGUGAAUUUUUUGGGAUAUUUUAAACUUUUUUUAACAAAUAAAAACAUGAAAAGUG